UAUUAUUAACAUGAACAAGUUUGGUGAUACGAAGAAUUCCCCCGUUCACAAGGAACAAAACGGCAGGCUAGUUCUGCAGUUCUUACUGAGCGCACCACCACGACCAGGGGCCGUUUGUACCACAUCUCCGAAGCACUACUAGCUAAACCAUGGCAAGCAGGAAGGGUAAGAAGAAGGAAGGGAGCAAGCGGCCCCAGCGUGCCUCGUCUAACGUCUUCGCCCAGUUCGAACAGUCGCAGGUUCAAGAGUUGAAAGAGGCAUUCACCAUGAUUGACCAGAACAGGGACGGGUUCCUGGACGUGCAGGAUAUCAGCGACACGUGGGCUUCCCUAGGAAAGAAACCAGAGAAGGCUGAGGUGCAGAAAAUGUGCCAGGAGGCAGGGGGCGCUAUUAACUUUACCAUGUUCCUGACGCUGUUUGGGGCCAAGAUGGGAGGAACUGACCCAGAAGAUGUCAUCAUGGGUGCCUGGAAACAGUUUGAUCCUCAAGGAACUGGAAUUCUCCACAAGGACCAAGUAAAGCACAUCUUGAAAGGUGGUGGAGAGAGAUUCAAUGAUGAAGAGCUGAACCAGAUGUUUGAAGGCGUUGAGAGCUGUUUGAAUGAGAAAGGCGAGUUUGAUUACCAGGCAUUCACCCGCAUCGUCAAGAGAGGCGAAGAAGAAGAAGAAUAAGCUGAGCAGCUUCUACUGUAAAGUGCAAAUAAUCUGCUGUUAUUUCACCACUUUGUUCAUAGUUCAACAGUUAUUCUUACAAAGAUGUCCCCACUUGUCAAUGCUUCAUACAUUCUGAGCAGGCAGUCAACAGUGUAAUUGAACAUGUAUUAAAUCAUUGUUAACAACAAGUUUAAUAAGAUGCAACAUAACACGCAAAAGGUUUUUUGAAAAAUUGUCAAGUUGAGAUGAUGUUGUUUUUUCUGGAAUAAGGUGCUUGUAUAGGAUUUCAUUAAUGGGAAAUAAAUGUUACAGACAUAACCUACUUUGUAUGGCUGGAUUGUGCUUUUGUUUCUGCUGGGGCAGGUCAAUAAAGAUUUCCUCUGACCCAAUUCUGGUUAGGGUAGAAAAAUGGCAAAUA